UGUAGGGCUUUCAUCCCCAAAGAGGGCCCUCUUCUUCUCCCCAAACUUGUCUGUAUUAUUAUUAUCACUAAUAUGUAGCAUAGAAGAAUCAGAAUAAUCUUCCAGCAUCUAUAUACUGUAUUCUAUAUUCUAUAGCUAUAUCUGUAUAUAUUAUUUCUUUUAGGAAUCAGAAGAAAGCUUGGUUUGGUUUCUCAGGCAAUUUAAGUUAGAUCAGUAGAAUAAAAAAACUUGGACGAAUUAGCAGAUCGAUCAUGACUUGGGUCGCCGCCCACGAUCUUGGAAAUCAGGGGGAAAUGGAAAGCAAAUUAGGUGAGUGUGAGAAGGGGAGAUGCGGGAACCAUGGUGGGGUUUGUGCAAUUUGUUUGGAUGAGAUUAUGCUUCAGGAAACCGCUCUUGUAAAAGGUUGCGAGCAUGCCUACUGUGCUACUUGCAUUCUCCGUUGGGUAACAUACAGCAAAUCACCCACCUGUCCUCAGUGCAAACAUCCAUUCGAGUUCCUGAAUGUUCAUCGGUCACUUGAUGGCAGCAUACAUGAUUAUAUGUUUGAGGAGAGUGUGUGUCUACUGCUUAGAGCAACAUGGUUUGAGCCUCUAGUUGUGGAGGAUCGUGAGGAUGUGCAUGCAUAUGAUGAUCCUGAAGAUUAUUUCCUCUACGAGGAUGAAGAGGAUGACCUAGAUGAAGCUUACUUCAGCAGUUCAUCGAGUAUCCGUAUCGGUAAUCGAAGGUGGGGAGAUAAUGGGUAUGUGAGUGCUGGACGGCAAGAAGCAAGGCCCGCCCGCAGAUCAAAUAUCCAGGAAGCAGGUGCUAGUUCUUCUCGUGAACCUAGAAAGAAAGAGGCUUUAAUGGAUAAAACUGGGAGACGGGCAAAGAGGGCACUUAAGCGAGAAGCUGCGGAUAAGGCUGCUGCAGCCAAACAUCAGCUGCAUUUGGCAAGGUUGGGCGGGAAGUGAUUCCUGCAACAUCACGUGCCUGGUUUUCUUCCCCAACCCCUUCUCCUGUACAGCUUCCAUGACUGUUUUUUCUUUCGAGUACUUUCCAACUGAAAUAAUAUACCUUUAUACUAACGACCAGAAAGAAGGAAGAUAAUUAAAGUGAAGAGAACGCCGUCAAAUAAUAACCGGCUGGUACUCCAUUGUAUUCUUCUUUUAUUUGAAAUCUAGUCUUGGUUGAUUAAUUUGCUUUCCUACUGUUCCCCGUUAAUUGUUUUGGGGUAGUUAGACCAUUUGGGUCUCUUUGUUUUUGUUCUUUUUGUUUGUUUUUUAUUUUUUUCGAUGAGGCGCUGGAAGAAACCAAUUGAAAUUUAAACUUAAAUGAGCUUCGCG